AUGGCCACACUGCGACAAGCGCACAACAUACCAAAAUGAAACGUCCAGCCUCCCUACACCAAAAACAAGCUUCGAUCUGCAUAGCAUUCAAGUUGUUGUUUGGAUAAAAACUACACGGAGUACAACCAACUUGCAUCUGAGGCGAUCUGAAAAAGCUGAAGCGGUAAAGAAGAUGGUGUCAUGCCGGAGAGAUUUAUUUCUGCGCUUGUGCGCUAAUAUAGUUACACAGCAGGCAUGAUGAAGACUGGCUGUCCUCCAGUUGGAACAAUAGGAAUAACUUCCGUCGAGUAUGGGGAGGGGGAGCACUUCCGCUUGAUAGUCCGAAAUCGAGAUUCACGCGACGAACGCCGAAGAGGAGGCGGAGAAACUCGUGGCGGUGGCGCGCGGGAUCGCGAAAGAGGAAUUGAACCACGAGGAGCAAGAACAAGCUGCAGCUGCUUCUCCUUCUACAACCUCCUUUUACAACAACCAAGUGCAGCCUGCUGCUGCUGCUUCUACCUCCUCCAACCCGGUGUCCCAUGGCGUGCUGUUCGGCAGUAGUACCAGCGCUUCCUCGUCGUACAACAACAACCGCUACAACGUGUUCGGCGCAACCUCAAGCUCCUCCGGCGGUAGUCCCGCACUGCUCAACAACGGCCUGUUGAUCGGGAGCAACGAUGCAAUGGAUGUCGACCAAACAACCGGAAAUAACAACACGAAAAACACCUCUUCGCACAAUAACUCGUCCAGUACCUCCCAGAACCGCAACCAGAACCAUUCGACGUAUGAUCCGCGGGGAGGGUUGGAUUUGUCCCCAUAA